CUUACAUGGAAACCCCAUACCAUAUAAACCCUCUUGUGCAAUCGAGGAGAGAGAGGGGGCCUGAUGGCACAAUGCGACUCAAAAAGAAACAUAGAAUUUGAGUAAAUUCACGCAGUUCUCCUCUAGCAUGUCUAAUCAAACCGUACAAGACAUCCUCCAAUACCAAUUUCGAACCCCCAAGCUUCUCGAAGAAGCUCUCCGAGCCCCAGGCACAGAUCCAACAACCACCCGCCAAAGCCCCAGAGCCCAUGGAAACAAAGGUCUAGCCAUGAUUGGAGACGCCGUCCUCCGACUCGCCGUAGUCGACGACGGCAUCAUCGAUGGCAAAACUACUCAAAGCUGCCAUCAAAUGUGCGUGGCCGAAAUCUCGAACAUUGCUUUGAGCAAGACGCUGAAGAAAUGGGAAAUCGGUCAAUUUGUCAAGUUGCAUCCGGGUCAAAAGGGCGUCAUAACUACUGGUACAGGCGCCUCCACUGCUGAGGCGCUGGUUGGUGCUGUGUGGAUUGAUUCGGAUCGAGACUUUACCACUGUUCAUCGUGUCAUCCAUAAUCUUGACAUUGCCAGUGAAUUCUUGCAUAAUGGAAAUCACCUAUGUGGUAAGGCCGAGACGGCUGUAGCAGCAUAAAAAUAGUAACCCAAGAUCAAAGUUACUAUACAAAUAACAAGGAUAAUCUGUGUUUGCUUAAUCUCUUGUAAACAUACUAUGCAGAUAGUCACCGAGAAUUCACAAAAAGCCAUUAAGAGACU